AUGGCCAACAUUGAAGUAAUACACGCCUACCGAAACCUCUACCGGAACCUCCUCAAGGCAGUUCAAUAUACUGUCCCUGCCCGUUUUGUAGCACGCGACCAACUUCGGAGGGCUUUCCGCGAGCCCGGCGCCACAUACGAUGAGAGAGGCAUCAAGCGGACCAUAUGGUUCUUUAAGGCUGCGGCCAAGGAGAGGGGAUUGGAAGACAAAAUUCUGAAGAACUUGCUGCGCGUCCAUCAGAUGAGGUUCCGAAAAAAGAACUACUCGUCGCAUGAUCCGCUGAAAUAUGCAGAAGAAGAGAUGAAAGUGGCGAGUUUGACAGCGUAUAACCACUAUGACAUGACAGUUGCUAUGUUAAACAAGACCAUGGGGCUGUGUCUGCGAUGA